AAAGGCGGCACAUUUAAAGAUCGGCCCGGGCAACGAGCAGCCCAUGCCUGCAACAGUAGCAGCAGCGAGUCUAGCGCGGGCCAGGAGGCGGCAGGAGAAGACCAUGGGUUCUGAAUCAAAGCAAAGUUUCAUAGGAAGCUUUCUGCAGCCUCCAGAUAGAAUGUUUGUUCCUACCUUUGGUCAGAGCAAGUCAAAGAAGGUAACAGCUACCACUGAUGACAUGCUUCCUGCCUCAAACAGCCAAGCUCUGAUGUCAGCCCUCAAAACUCUUCAAGAAAAGAUCUGUCGUCUAGAGUUGGAGAGGUCGCAGGCUGAAGAUAACCUGAGCUACCUUUCUGUUGAGGCUGCCCAGUAUAAAAAGACCUUGCAGCAUGAAACAAAUGUGAAAGAUAUAGAACAUGAGGAAUUGAUACAACAGAAAAAAGAUGUUAGUGUGCAGUUAAGUGCAGCACAAUCCCGCUGCUCCCUACUGGAGAAACAGCUGGAUUACAUGAGGAAAAUUGUUUUCAAUGCAGAGCUAGAAAAGAAUAUGGUUCUAGAGCAACAGACUCCGCUUCAAAAGGAAAAAGAUCAGAAUCAUAUGCAGCUCCAUGCAAAACUUGAAAAACUUGAAAUCCUAGAAAAAGAGUGCUUCAGACUUAGCACUACACAGAGAACUGCAGAAGACAAGAUCAAGCAAUUGGAGGAAAAGCUUCGUGAAGAAGAGCAUCAGCGUAAGUUAAUACAAGAUAAAGCUGCUCAGCUUCAAACUGGACUUGAGAUCAAUAGAAUUUUAACGUCUUCAGUGUCCUCUCAAAAUGAACCAACAAAGAAAAGCCGGAAAAAGAAAACUGCAAAAAAAAAAUCUGCUCUGAAGAAAGUACAUCCUCCACAAUUUUGCCUAAAGGCUGGGAUGCUGCCUUUUGUGGCUGGGAAGUCUGCCAGCUCCAGCCAUUCUGUUAGUGCAAACGUACAAAGUGUCUUACAUAUGAUGAAACAUCGUAGUCCAUGUGUCUUGUCAUGGUGUGUAGAAGCAGAUGAACACAGGAUUUCUAGACGAACUAUUGCUUGCAAAUCUGCAUCCUCUUGUUCCACAUCUUCUUCUGUCACUGAUAAUCUAUCUGACCUUUUGCUGGUGAUACAAGAUGAGCUAGGCCAAAUGAGCUUUGAGCAUCAAGAACUCUUGAAGCAGAUACAAGAAACUCAAAACUGUGAAGUUCGUGAAGACCUAGAACGUGAAUUGGAUUGUCUUGUAAAGCAAAUGGAAAUUAAAGGGGAACAGAUAUCAAAGUUGAAAAAACACCAAGCUAGUGUCCACAAAUUAAAGCAAAAAACUCAGAAAUUGAAGAGACAGUCAGCUCAUGUCCUACCAAAAUCUGAUGACCUAAAAGGAACAAGAGAGAUUCCAGUUACUCCAAGCAGAAGUGCAUCAAAAAACUGUCCUGUGCAGAAAAGCAAAAGCUCUCUUCAGCUGUUAAAAAAUGUGCAGAAACUUCAAUCAACACUGAAAAAAGAUGAUAUCAUGUGGGAACAAUAGUUUUAUAUUUUAUCAUAUAGGUAGUGCCUCUUACUAAUAUGCCAAAAAAAAAAAAGUGUCUGACACUUCAUAGGUUUGGAUUUAACAAAUAUUAGACUGAAUUAAAAGUUUAAUAUCUCAUUUAUGUAAUGUCUAUAUUUGCUAGCCUAAUAGUAAAUUUCAGUUGAAACUUAGGUUUGGGUUGAACAAACUCACUUUCCCUAUAGAUAAACGUGUUUGUAAUAAAAUCUGUUUUAACUGUUUCAUGAGGUGUCCCAAUUUCUUUUAACUUACAAAAUAAAACUAUCUUUUGAAAUAUA